ACAGACAGAGACAACAAACAUAACAUAGACUAUAAUAUGGACAUUGACAAGUUUAUAAAGAAGUACAAGAACUCAUUCGUAUUGGGAUUCUUUCAAGGCAUAGCUUAUGGUGUUGGACUCGCAGUGUCUUCUAUCCUGUGGCACAAGUACAUCAGAGAUCAUGUCUUUAAAUACCUCGAUAUU